UGAUCGAUGAGGGAAUAAUUAAAAGAAAGAGGAGCAGGGGAGAUGCAUUUGAUGAGGGCCACACGAUGCUUAAUAAACUUGAAAAUGUCUGUCUAUUGGAAAGUGCUAAUAUGUAUUAUGUUGCUCGUAGACGUGUCAAGAUGCAUGACUUGAUUAGGGACAUGGCCAUCCAAAUACUGCUAGACAACUCUCAAGGCAUGGUCAAAGCAGGUGCGCAAUUAAAAGAGUUGCCAGAUGCAGAGGAGUGGACGGAGAAUCUCACACGAGUCUCACUAAUACGAAACAAGAUCAAAGAAAUUCCUUCCAGCCAUUCACCAAUGUGUCCCUAUCUAUCAACUCUACUUCUAUGUCAAAAUCAUUGUUUGCGAUUCAUUGCAGAUUCAUUUUUCAAGCAAUUGCAUGGGCUCAAGGUCCUCGAUCUGUCUGGGACCAGUAUUGAAAAUUUGCCAGACUCUGUCUCUGAUUUGGUGAGUCUCACUGCAUUAUUGCUCAACGAGUGUGAGAACUUACGUCAUGUUCCAUCAUUAGAGAAGCUCAGGGCACUGAAGAGGUUGGAUCUCUAUUGGACUCCGCUUAAAAAGAUGCCGCAAGGAAUGGAAUGCCUAACCAACCUGAGGUAUCUUAGAAUGAAUGGAUGUGGUGAAAAGGAGUUUCCCAGUGGGAUAUUACCAAAACUCUCUCACCUGCAAGUCUUUGUACUAGAAGAGUUAAUGGGGCAAUUUUCUGAUUAUGCUCCGAUAACAGUUAAAGGAAAGGAAGUACGAUCCUUGAGAAAUUUGGAAAGUUUGGAAUGCCAUUUCGAAGGUUUCUCUGACUUCGUGGAGUAUCUCAGAUCUCGGGAUGGGAUCCAAUCAUUAAGCAAAUAUACAAUUUUAGUAGGAAUGAUGGAUGAUGGUUAUUGGUUUGGCACUUAUCAUUUUCCAAGUAAAACAGUUGGGUUGGGUAAUUUGAGUAUCAACGGAGAUGGAGAUUUUCAGGUCAAGUUCUUAAAUGGCAUUCAAGGACUGGUUUGUGAAUGCAUCGACGCAAGAAGUUUAUGUGAUGUUUUGUCAUUAGAGAAAGCAACUGAACUUGAGCUCAUCAGCAUUCAGGGUUGCAAUAGCAUGGAGAGCUUGGUUUCAUCUUCUUGGUUCUGCUAUGCUCCACCACGAUUGCCAUCAUAUAAUGGUACGUUUUCUGGUCUUAAAGAGUUUUAUUGUUAUGGAUGUGAAAGUAUGAAGAAGCUGUUCCCGCUUGUGCUGCUGCCAAACCUCGGAAACCUGGAAAGGAUUGUUGUUGAGGAUUGUGAGAAAAUGGAGGAGAUAAUAGGAACAACAGAUGAAGAAAGCAGCACCUACAAUUCCAUCAUGGAAUUAAUAUUCCCAAAGUUAAGAUCUCUGAGAUUGUUUGAAUUACCAGAACUGAAAAGCAUUUGCAGUGCAAAACUGAUUUGCAAUUCUCUUAAAGAUAUUGAUGUAGAGGAUUGUCAGAAGCUGAAGAGGAUGCCCAUUUGUCUUCCGUUGCUUGAAAAUGGCCAGCCAUCUCCUCCCCCUUCUCUUAAAGAAAUCACGGUAUAUCCAGAAGAAUGGUGGGAGACAGUAGUGGAGUGGGAGCAUCCUAAUGCAAAGGAUGUCCUUCGUCCCUUUGUACACUUUGUGUAGGAGAAGACUACUCUGCGCCUAAUAUAAUAUAAUAUAAUGUAGAACAGAGGGUAAGCAUCGUCUCUCUCAAUCGAAUUGUACCUUUCGUAUUGUUAAUCCUUUCGUUGUUAGAAUACUUCUUUGUUGCAUCAUUUAUCAAUUCUAUCCUAAUGCAAAGGAUGUCCAAAGGACCUUUUUUAUCUCUCGAAAUAAUUAAUAUGUAGAAUGGUUAAUUACUCCGUUAAAUGUAAUAAUACGUAUCCUUCUUUGUUGCAUCA